AUGAGCGACCCUUUCUACCUGGCCGAUAUUCUUCUGGGGCGCGUCGGCGUGUUGCGCUCCACGGCUGAGAGCAUCAUCCUGGAGCUAUGUGAGGCACACGCCAAGAUGGAGCCCGGACAGGCCUCCGACGACGCGCUGCGUCUAGCUAUCAAGAACAAACUGGAGCGCGUGCAAACCAAUCUCAAACUGCUGCGCAAGCUCGUGCCCGAGUUCGAUGGGAAGACGAAGCCCAUUGAGGGCGUGAGCCAGACUCACCGCAACCUCAUGCUCGAGUACCACUGGAAAAGCCAGGUUCAGGACAUGGGCGCUAAGGCUCAGGCCGUGUAUUUGGAGCAGUUGAGCGGCGCCUUCCCUCGCCUCGAGAUGCUGGGUGACGUACGCUGCCCUCCCACCCCCAGCAGCCUCUUCGUGCCUAAGUCGCACAAGCGCAGCAGGGUGUUCGACCCCUUCGGAGAGAAGCAGCCAGCCACACUCAACGAGAUGAUGGACUACAUGAUGGCCAAGAACCGUAAACUCAAGUUUUUCAAGCACGCUGAGACUACACGGGGCGGCCGUCGAGUUAUCAAAUCAAUCAAAUGUGAGAUAAACAAGGAAGUAACAGUGCAUCUGAGCUUCUGCCCGCCCAUUCCUGAGAGCGGACCCAACGGCGAGGCUGGAGUGGCUGCUAGCCCCAUGACACCGUCUACACCAACUUCCCCAGCCUUCGCCGGUGGCCGCCUGCGUAGCACUCGCAAUAAGCACAAGAAACAGCAACAGCAGCUUGUGAAGAAGAAAAAAGGUGAUAUGCUCACGAAGGCCAAGCUCGCUGCCGAGGAGGCCACAAAGAUGGAGAUGGAGGAACUUAAGCAGCGCAUUACUGAGGCGCGCGAGGCAAUUAAAGAGCAGGAGCAGGCUCGAGCCGCUGGUCUGCAGGUGACCAAGUACACCCAGCGACUGUCCAUCUUUCCUUACAAUGAGGAUGCCCCACUCGGCGCGUGGUCGGAAUCAUCGCACAAUCUUUUCCGUCUUGUUACGCUGCACGGCCGUAAAGCACUGGACCAUUUCCGUAAGCAGCGCCCGGAGACAUGUUUCUACCAUCUCUUCACGUGGCUUGGUUACUACGACAAGAUUAACCAGACACCAUGCUCGUUUUGCAAGAAGCUGCUUGCCAAGGAAAACGAGGAGUGGGCCUAUGUACCUCCGUCCUUCCGCGACUACGCGAAUGGACAAGCUUUCCACUCCAAGUGUCUUCCCAUUGAAUAAUGGAGUCCGACAGGCUUGUCUGCAGUAGCAGCCACCACAGUUGCCUUGAUGAGUCCAACACGAAAGGACCAACCAGUGA